AUGGGUUCGAGGGAUAGCGUAAUAGUGCACAAGAAGACGUCAUCCCGUGAGAUUCAAGUGUUACUUACACUUUAUGAUGGAGAAAGAAGUUUUGGCAUGUCAUUGGCUCAAAAGACACCAACUUUUGGACUAAAAUAUACCGUUGUUUCCAGUGUUUUUGCCAAAUCGCCAGCUGAUCGUGCAGGUUAUAUUGUACGAUAUAUCAAUGAUAAACCCAUGGGUGGUCUCACUGUUGCAGAAGUAGCGAAUCAUUUUCGUAAUGUAGUACAGGCGAGAAUUACAUUAGAAAUUGUAGAGAAUCAAGUACCGUCAAAGACAUUGGCAACGAAGUUUGGAGGAGCUGUAACGGUAUCAGUGAGUCAUGGACAACGUGUGAAAGAAUCAGUCACGGGAGUAGCUGUUGUUUCGUCUGGUACGGUGAUUGCAGCUCCAGGAUCGGCAUUGGCCGGUGUGACAGUUACGGCACCAAAGCAGCGGAUACCAAGUACUGCUUUCAGAUGUGGAAACGCUAGCACAGCGAGUGCUAAUGGGAAGAAAAUAGCUAGUGUCAGUGAUUCUCGUCUGAAAAGCAUAACUCCAGUACGCCGGUUGACGACAGCGCAAAAAGGGACCGUAGUCACGACCACGCCCACACUUGACUCGAUGGCAAAGAGUGUGUUAGGAAAACCGAGCAACGCUAGUGAAACAAAACAACAUGCCACCAGCAGCAGAAUACCACAAAGUCCUGUAAAAGUGAUCGAGGCUCCCAGAAUUGUUGCUAGUGUUCAAGUGAGAAAAGAAAAUGAAAAACUAGUCACGGCUACACAAUUAGAAGACUUAUUAGCUUCUCCUGUAUCUGCAGCUUUACCAAGUGUACCUGAACUGACUGCAGCCAAGGCGACAGCUCCCGUCUCAGUGUCAUCUCAUUCUAAAACAGCAACGCAACCUGUUCCAGCAUCAGAUCCGUUUUCUAUUAAGGCCACACGUGCUGUUGUCAAAUUGCCAGUAGGGAAUGUCUUACCGUAUCCCGUAUCUCUCCCUUUAUCAGCAAAGAAGUCAUCUUCAACUGUUUUAUAUUCAUCUUCAGCUUAUCGAGUGAAGACGACAGACGCGCGACUUCAAGUGUCCACAGCGUCCGUGAUAGAUCCACCUGAAAGCUCGACACAAGUACGAGAAGUAGUGUCAGCGAUGCCUUCGACUAAAGUUGUGCCAAAGUCUAAAGCUGGACUAGGAAGGAGCACAACGUCAACACCUUUGCAAAGUACGACCCAAACAAGCCCUGUCGUCCCUUCGCCUGUUCCAGUGUCGCCUGUGGCAGUGUCAGCAUCACCAACAACCAUGAAGACUGAUAAGAAGCGGCCAAGACAGCAAACGACGAAAGUGACAAAUGGGACAAACGGAAUGAAUGAGACAAACGGAACGACUGGGUCAAAUGGGUCUACAAGUAACAAAGGAAAAGGCAAAACAAAGAAGAAGCAACAACAGGAAAGGGAUGUGGUAGACAACGACGUAUUUGAUUCUUGUGCGUUUACUUCAGACUCUGACUCGGAGGAACCGCCGUCAAAGAAAGCUACUUGGCGUAAGCCAAAGGCUCGCCGUCGUGGCGUUAAGGACCGUACUCGGCAGAGCCUUACCAUCGUUCGGUUGGUUAACAUGGGUUUUAAAAAAGAAGAUGCGGAAGCUAGUGUAAAAGAAAUUGGCGACGAUCCGGAUGCGUGCAUGGUUUGGAUUAUUUCAAAGAUUGAGGAGCGACAGUUUAACGAGGAUCUCAACCGCGCAUCCAUCCAAUCUGAACGAUCGAAACACGAUGAAGAAAAGCGGGUAAAAAAGCUGGAGAGGGAAAAGCUCGCCGGCGCCGAAAAGUUUAUGGUCGUAUUUCCGACUUCUUACAUUGUGUGUACUGAAUCUACUGCACCGCGCAUGAAAAAGUUGUUACAGUCUACGAUUGACCAAGUAGAUGGAAAAUCAUACCUUCGUAAAGUGCUUUCCGAACUCAUGAGGCUCGAGGGCAAGUCCAUUCGGUGGUACAAGGAAGCUUCCAGGUCUUAUAUGCUGAAGCUAGCUGAAUGUUUAGAUGCUGCGUUGGAAACUCAUGAUGUAAUGACGUGCUGCGCGCGCACUUCAGCAAAAGAUAUCAGCUCUCCAAAUGGAUGUAAGUUCGUGCAAAAAGUUUUCGAGGAGGUCAAGGCGCUGAAGACAGCUCUCUUCGAGAUGCCUACUAACCAAGGGGGGCGUGCCUCAAGUAUUCCUUCAAUGUGA